UUUUUAAGGGAGGGACUGUAUUGGUUGUGCUAAAACAGGAAGUGGAAAGACGGCAGCUUUUGCUUUACCUAUUCUACAAAAACUUUCAGAGGAUCCUUUUGGCAUUUUUGCAUUGGUGUUAACCCCAACAAGAGAGUUGGCCUUCCAGAUAGCUGAGCAGUUUAAUGUCCUAGGAAAACCAAUCAAUGUUCGAGUAACUGUCAUCACAGGAGGACUGGACAUGAUGCAACAGGGUAUAGAUCUGCAGGUAAAGCCCCACAUAGUGAUCUCCACACCUGGGCGACUGGCUGACCAUCUACAGAGCUGUGAUACAUUCAGCUUACGCAAAAUCAAGUUUCUGGUAUUAGAUGAGGCAGAUCGCUUGAUUGAAGAUGACUUUGGGGAACAGCUAGAGACUAUAUUUAAAGUUCUCCCCAAAAAGAGACAAACACUUCUGUUUAGUGCUACAAUGACAAAACACCUGAAGGAUUUACAAGAUGUGGCCAUGAACAAACCUUUCUUCUGGCAACAGAAAUCAGAGGUGGCCACUGUUGAGGGUCUGAAGCAGUACUACGUGCUGAUGCCGGCAGACAUUAAAGAUGCCUACGUUGUACACAUCCUGGACAAAUAUACAGAGGCCAAUAAGAAAAGUUCUAUCAUGAUCUUUACCAACACAUGCAAAUACACACAGAUUCUGGGAAUGAUCUGCACACAGCUAGGCCUUCCCUGUGUUGUGUUACACUCCAUGAUCAGACAGAAGGAGAGGUUGGCAGCCCUGGCUAAAUUUAAAUCGAAUCAGAUCAACAUUCUGAUUGCCACUGAUGUAGCCAGCAGAGGGUUAGACAUUCCUACGGUGGACUUGAUUAUUAACCACAAUGUUCCCAAUAAACCUAAGGACUACGUACAUCGUGUGGGACGUACAGCUAGAGCAGGUCGUCAUGGAACUUCUAUUACCUUGGUCACCCAGUUUGAUGUCCGUCUGGUUCAUGCCAUUGAGGAGUUUGUCAAUUCAAAAAUGGAUGAGUAUGAUACCAAGGAAAAAGAAGUAAUGAAGAUUUUGGUAGAAGUUGCUACUGCAAAAAGAGAGGCAGAAAUCAAAUUGGAUGAAAGAGACUUUGGGGUCCAAAAGGAGAUAAACAAAAGGAAGAAGCUGCUGAUGGAAGGGAAGGAUCCAGAUGAAGAGGCCAGAAAGAAACAGAAAUACAUCAAGGAAAAAAAUCUAGAACAAAAGAAGAAAAGGAAAGAAAAAUUUGAACAAAAGACUUGAUUAAAAGGUUUACAGCCUUUGAAAGAAAAUCUGUGCAAUAUUAAAAUGUUACAAGUUGUGAACUAGCUAUCACAGAGGUGUUAAAUUAACUUCCACCAACCCUCAAUCUCUCAAAGACCAUGUCAGGACUUUCAAAACACUUGCAGAUACAUGUACUUGUAACCCACAAACCACAGGUAUAUAUACCUGCAACAUACAUGUAUGUGAGAAAUUUUAAGCUAUGAAACCUGAGUCACAUGUUAUAAGAUCCAGACUUUCUUAUAUACGUGUCACAGGAACACAACAUCAAAAUAUUGGAGAUAAAAGUUCGAUCAGAUUUGUUCAGCUGUGAUGUAUAUAAUUAUGAAAGUGUAAUGAUUAUGUACAGUGUAUAAAGCUACAUGUAUGGGUGUAAUGGCAGAAGAUAAGCUCUCAAAAAUUUCCAGAUUUACGGUAUAUGUUAUAUAUGUUAUAGCUGUAUGUUUGAACAUGUAAUGCAUGUACAUAAGAUAUAUGUAACAAUUUAAGUGAAAUGUUAUAGCUAAAUUUACUGAUUUUAAGUGUAAAUGUAAGCUUGAUGUGAAAGUGAGUGUAAAUUAUAUUGUAAGCAUGUUUAACAGAGCAGAAGUGUGGUAUAAACUUAAAUUUGCAAUGAGAGGAAUUGGCUGCUAUUUAAGCUACUGUCAAUUAAAUCUAUGGAAUUUUUGAAGUCUUGGAUGCUGUAUGGAAAAUAAUUUUAGGCAUUAUCUGUAUUUUAGAUUUUCAGAGAAUUUGAUUUGAAAAGGAUUCAUAAGAAUGUAUUGGG